AUGUCAAUUGAACUCAAGGAAUGCUUGUUUAUUGCUGGAAAGUUUGUUGAGGGUAAUGGAGAACGAAUUGAUGUAAUUAACCCCGCUACCAAACAGAAGAUAGCAUCGGUGCACGUCGCAGGACAAAAAGAGGUCGAUGCUGCAGUAGACGCUGCAGAAAAGGCAUGGCCUGCGUGGGCUGACGGUGAUCCAUCUAUCCGCUCUAGAGCCAUGCUCAAACUGGCCGAUCUUGUUGAAGAGAACGCCAAUAUUCUUGGGCAGGCGCAAUCAUUAGAGAUGGGAAAACCCAUCAAAGACUCGAUUAUUGAAGCCUACAGCCUAGCAUAUGUCUAUCGCUGGUUUGCCGGAGCAGCUGACAAGAUACACGGCAAGACUAGUUUGAAUGUGCCAGGUUUUUUUGGUCUGGAAAUUCGGCAACCUUACGGCGUUACAGCUGGGAUCAUACCUUGGAAUGCUCCACUUUCCAUGCUUGCGUUGAAAACGGCGCCAGCCUUAGCUACUGGAAAUGCAAGCAUCAUUAAGACGAGUGAGAAAUCACCUCUCAGUGCUCUUCUUUUUGCAGAACUUGUUGUGAAAGCUGGACUCCCUGACGGUAUAUUGAGCAUCCUAAGUGGCGCCCGAGAGACAGGGCAACUUCUGGCUUCGCAUAUGCGUAUUCGUAAAAUUGCUUUUACUGGUUCUGCUAUUGCUGGGAAAGCAGUUGCAGAGGCGGCAGCUCGGUCUAACCUAAAGUCAUGCACUCUCGAGCUUGGUGGUAAAAGCCCUGUCAUCGUGUUCGAGGAUUGUGACAUGGAAGAUACUGUCACCAGAGUUCUGGGUGGAUUCAACACCAAUUCCGGACAAAUCUGUAUCGCUGGAACGCGGGUGUAUGUACAAGACAUAAUCUUCGAUAAGUUUGCCGAAAAACUGGCUGCGGCGGCCGAAAGUUACAAGGUCGGGGACCCAACUGACCAAUCAUGUUCCUCGGGCCCGCAAGUCGACAUUCUUCAGCACAAACGAGUUCUACAAUAUAUAGAGACCGGGAAAGCUGAAGGUGCUAAGGUUCUAACAGGUGGGACGGCUGGAGAUGACGAAGGGUUUUAUGUCAAGCCUACUAUUUUCAUUGAUGUUAAGGAUGACGCUAUAAUCAAUAAGGAAGAGAUAUUUGGUCCCGUUGCAGUGCUUCACAAGUUUACUUCAGAGGAGGAAGUGCUAAAAAGAGCAAACGAUACAGAGUAUGGAUUGGCUGCAUAUGUCUUCACGAAAGACGUUUCACGCGCUAUUCGUUUCAUCAAAGGCCUAGAAGCUGGACAGGUCGGGGUUAACACCACAGGCAAUGCUCACCCAGACCUGGCUUUCGGUGGCUGGAAAGGUUCUGGAAUCGGUCGAGAGCUCGGUGACCAUGCGAUCCAUGCAUAUACAGAGGUCAAGACGAUCUUUAUCCGUUAA